UGCAGGAGAACAUGGAAUGGCAGGAUCGUCUUCUCAGAUGUCUCAUCCUACACAUAAUUCAAAUUAUGGAAGCCUAAUGCAACCAGGGCAACAUAGUUUCCAACAAGCUAAACAAGCUCCUCCACCACAACACUAUUCGCAUUCACAAGCAAUAGAAUCAAUCACACCACCAUCUUCAAAUGAUUAUACAAGUUCACAUGACGGAGAUUCGUCUGAUUUUCUGGGCGAAUUUGGAGAUUAUUCCAAACUAAACAGUUUAGGUAAUGAUCUUUUUUCAAAGAUAAUUAUAGAUCUAGAUUAG